AUGCACCUCCGCCAGCCAAACCCGGACCACCAUCCAGGACCCGAGCGGCUGGGACUUUGCGGCAAAAGAGAAAUCUGUACAUCUUCGCUUGUCGAAAGCGGCGGCAUCGGCCGGCGGAGACAGCUUGAUGCUGUCAAAGCUUCUGCACGGUCUAGUCGACGGAAGGGCGUGCGCCGUAUCAAAUUGGAUAUCGCCAAAGCCAUCCGCUUGUCCACGCUCAAUCAGAUGGCGGUGGACAAGGCAGCGUACGCCGCACAGCGGAGUCUGCCUGUCAUGGAUGCGAUGCAUGAGCAAGAGCGUUUUAGCUCCAAAUCGUUCGAACUCCGACACGUCCAGAAAGCCAAACAAGGGUUUUGCGGCCCUUUGGGCUCUGGUUCGCCUCCACCCCCGGCCGGCAUUGCCUCCUCCGAGCACUAG